AAUAAACCCCUAUUCAACAUCGAACCUGACCACAUACUAAUAGAUGAGCUCCACUUAAUGCUGAGGGUGACAGAUAUCCUGAUAGAUAAUGCAAUAGAAGAUGCAAUGCAGUGGGAUGAAAAGGAAAAGAUCAGUAAAAGAUCAAACAAAGGAAGCACAAGCCAUCUGAGUCAAUUAGUACAAACUACACGGUCGUGUGGGUUAUCGUUUCAAGUGUGGGAGAAGCUUAAUGCAGAUGGUAGGGGAAGUGGUACCUAUGACUUCACAAUUUUGAUGGGUAGCGAUAGAAAGAAACUUCUGAAAGAGCUCCCAGAGAAGCUCAUUGGUGUCCUACAGCCAUCUACAGCUGCUAGGGUAGCAGAAAUCUGGAAGGCUAAAGAAUGGAUAACCAAAUUUGGUAGCCUUGGUGAUGUGAGGCUUGGCUACAAAAAAGAGCGAAUGACACGCUACAUGCAUGUUGCAGCCUUGAUAAGGCGCUAUCAAAACCUGAAGCAGUUUAGUGGUCAAGGUAUGGAAAAAGUAAAUUUUUCCGGUGGUGAACCGUUCCUACAUGAUAGAGGGAAGUUUGUUGGAGAACUCGUACGUUACUGCAAACAAGAGCUUGAACUGCCCAGCGUGUCAAUCGUCAGCAAUGGCAGCCUGAUACGGGACAAUUGGUUCAAUAAAUACGGGGAGUGCCUUGAUAUUCUCGCCAUUUCCUGCGACAGCUUUGAUGAAGAAACAAAUGUUUUGAUUGGACGUCGCCAAAAGGGCAAGAAUCACGUGGAAGCUCUACGACGCGUGCGUGACAUGUGUCAGCAGUACAAAGUUGCAUUCAAAUUGAACACAGUGGUCAACACAUACAACAAGCAGGAGGAUAUGACAUCACAUAUACAGGAACUUUGUCCUGUCAGAUGGAAGGUCUUCCAGUGCCUUCUGAUUGCUGGUGAAAACAGCGGUGACGAUGCAUUGCGUGAUGCCGAGCGAUUUCUUGUCUCUAAUCAUGAGUUUGAUCAGUUUAUCUCCCGACAUGCAUCACUGGAGUGUCUUGUCCCCGAAUCAAACGAGAAGAUGCAAAACUCGUACCUGAUUCUGGACGAAUAUAUGCGUUUUUUGGACUGCACUGGUGGCUCUAAGUCACCAUCCAAGUCAAUCCUCGAUGUCGGCGUCGAUGAAGCCAUGAAAUUCAGUGGAUUCGACGAGAAAAUGUUUCUGAAAAGAGGCGGCAAAUAUAUGUGGAGCAAGGCGGAUAUGAAGUUUGACUGGUAGCCAAUCUGAAAGGCCAAACAAAUUCGCCAUAACUCGGAAAAUAUAGUCAACAGGGGCGUAUCUGCCUUUAAGCCCGGGCUUAACUAAUUUACAGGCCCGUACCCAGGAUUUUCCCUGACCACCCCUGAAAGAAAAAAGGGAUGUUUUAUGCCUUUGGGGUAUCUCCACGGAACGUUCAUUGUCGGAUUUGGCUACAUACCAGAGUGAUCUAGCUUAUGCUUUAUAGUUUAAUCUACAAAAGAGCACUCCUUUUGAAAACCGGAAGUGGACCUUCGGCCGUUGUGGGGGGUAUGUACCCCCUUCCCCCCCUGGUUACGGGCCUGUUAAAUCAUAAAGAAUUUUUAAAUCCCGUAACAAGAAAAAAAAUACUUUAAAUUCGUUCGUUUUCAAGAUUAUAAGCCGAUUUCAGUGUAUCGCGAUGCCGCGUUAUCAAAACACAAUGUGUUCUGGGCUUUUCUGUUUCGCCCAGUAUACUAGGCCGAGCUCGCUGGGCCUAGGGAAGGGUCAGUACGCAGCUCUUACAAGCUGCAAUUUGAUUGGGCAAAUGAACAAUAUCCGCACCUCGACAUAAAGAACGAGAAGAAUAGAGACAAAAGAACUCCUUUUGGAACAAAGAUAAUAGGAGACAAAGCAGCUGCGUACUUACUCCUAGGGAAGCGGGGUCCCUAAGAGCGGCGCGUAGGAGGCUAUGUGUAACCAUAGCCUCUAGUGUUCCUUCGUAUUUAGGUUCUAUAUAAAAUAAGAAGGGAGUGAAACAACGCUCGAUUCCAUUGUUCAAAAACCUGCCUAGUUACGGCCAAUGUUGUGAUGUUGGUAUGAGACAUGAUUGAUUGAAAGCUCACCUCUGAACUUAUCUCGCCGCCGACACACGCCCGGGCAUGCGACAAGUGCAGGGAUAGGGACUUAUUUUUUAAAUGUUUCUACGGACCGUUGCGUUUCUUCAUCCAAAAAGUUUAAUGGCAGCCGAUGAUCAGCUAAUAAUUAGAUUUGCUCUAUUCCCCCUUUUCCACUUCCCCAUUAAAAAACUUAAAAAAUUUUCUGUUGUUCCGGGUAAAAAUUCAAAUUCAUGUGGCAGUUAAAUAACAUCUUUCGAUAUUUGAGCGGGAAAACAUUGCUUUUUCCGGGCCCGGGCGUGUGUCGUUUGCUUAAAAUGACAUACGCAAGUUAAAAGCUGUAUACUGAGAUUGGUCCAAAGGGUGUGGUUGCCUUGUUAGCUAACGGUACGCCUAGAAUAACAAUGAUGAUAUAAGGGACAUCAUAGCUGAGAUAAUACAUGCUCUGUCAAAAAUCUAAAGGGCUUCAGAAUCUCAGUGUUUUGUAGAUUUUUUCUAGCUUUCGUUAUGCUUUAGUUAAUGUGGCUAGUAUAAAUUAUCUACUUCUAUCUAGUUCUUUUUAAUAUUUCAAAGCAAGCAAUACAUUAAGUAUUAAAGCAAAUAUUAAUUACACGUAAAAAGGUUUCCCUAUAAAACUUUAUUGCUCUUAAAAUUCCGUUGCUACCGAUGGUAUUUUGAGUCUCCAGUCAAUCCCAGUACUAGCUCGAAUAUUUUCACGAUUGAUCACCUUCUGUAAUUGUCCUAUAAUUGUCUUAUAUCCUAGAAUAAAGGUCACAGUAAACUCUCA